GAUCAGAUGAGCGACUGUUGUGUCUUUGGCUCUGUGCUGUGUUUGCUUAAAUAGUCUCUGUGGAAGAGUGGUGUUAGGAGGAUGAGUCAUAGCCACCGGGUUUUUAGGUGAGUAGAUACUGUAUUGCCCUGGAUUUGUGUAUGACAAAAGGUAAACAAAAGAUGAAUCUGAUGGGAAUUAGGAAAAUUGAAUUUAACACAUUAAACUUUUUAUACGUACGGUGACUAUGGAUGGCACUGCAUGAAAAGCAGGCAACCAAAACAUAUUAUUUUAAUUUAUAAUAUAAACCCAAUAACCGAAGGACCGAACUUUAACUUAACAUUUUAAUUCAAAUUGAAUCUAAUCAAGUUUCACAUCUAGAGUGAAGGAAGUGAGAAUAACCUUUGCUUUUGAGAUUUUAAACUUGAAUUGUCCUCACAGACAAACUGGGAGAUUAGGCAAAAUUUCCCAUUUGUCCACAAUGUGUGCCGCUUCUGUACUAAAGAAACCUUAAGAAACAUCUUCUUUUUUUGUACAAACGAGUAAUACAAAACAAAAUGAGUUAUUUGUUGAACGUGAUGAUAGAACUAUACGCGUCCUGUUUAUGAACGCCCCCUGUGACUAACCCGGAAGUGCUUUCGCAGACGCGAUGUUUUGUGAAUGGGGAAUAUGGAUGAACUCGGAGUAAAGACAGAUUAAAGGACAUGCAAAGAUUGAAUUAAGUGAACCAUGAUGAACUUUGAUGGAUUGGACCCUGGGAUGGGUGAGUAUCCACCUGCCCUCCAUGGAGCACUGGAUGCAGGCAUAGAGCCAUCCAUGGACCCCCAUCUGAACCCGACCUUGAUGGGGCCUGGCGUGGAGUUGGAUCCAGAGGCACUGGCUGUGGCUGUACCCGAGACCGUGCACCUGGUGGAGGGCAUGUUCUCGGAGCUCCACAGUGUUGUGUCAGAAGUGGGCAUCCCUGUCACCGCCACACAUUUCGAUCUGCAGGAGGAGAUGCUUUGGAUGGGCAAUCAUAGAGGUCAUGCCACAUCUUUCUUUGGUCCAACGAUGGGGCGAUACUCAUCUUUUCAAGUGCAUGCAUCAGAUGAUAUCCGGCACAUUCAGAGCCUGGAGACUGGGGUCCUGUUUCUGUCCAAAAACGAUCUCAAAUGCUGCACUCGAGGAGGCAUAGUUAUGUUUGAUUAUCCUUUUAUUCUUUCCAGGAUGGAGGAGGGAGCGGACAUGCACAGUCUCCUCAUGACAGACAACAAUACUGUUCUUAUGGGGGGACUACAAAAUUAUGUCGUUGAAGUUGAUUUAAAUACAGUUCAAGAGACUCAAAAGUUCACUGUGGAGGUCCCUGGGGUUGCAAUAAUGAGACAGACGAGUCGAUUCUUCUUCUGUGGACACACCUCGGGCAAAGUCACACUUCGGGAUUUGCGCAGCUUUAAAACAGAGCAUGAGUUUGACGCUUUCUCUGGAAGCCUGUCUGAUUUUGAUGUCCAUGGAAACCUGUUGGCUGCGUGUGGGUUUUCAAGUCGCGGUCUGAAUGGUUUGGCAUGCGACCGCUUUCUGAUGGUGUAUGACCUCAGAAUGAUGCGAGCCGUGACCCCACUGCAGGUUCACAUUGACCCCCUGUUUCUGCGCUUCAUCCCCACCUACACCUCCCGCCUGGCCAUCAUCUCACAGACAGGCCAGUGCCAGUUCUGUGAGCCCACCGGAUUAGCAAAUGUAGCCGACAUCUUCCAUGUGAACACGGUGGGGCAGUUGCUCAUGAGCUUUGAUGUUUCAUCAAGUAAGCAGGCACUGGCAUUCGGAGACUCAGGGGGUUGUGUGCACCUCUGGUCGGAUGCACCAGAAGUCUCUUUCAACGAUUAUUCAAGAGAGACAGAAUUCGCUUUGCCAUGUAUUGUGGACAGUCUACCUCAGCUGGAUUGGAACCAUGAUCUCCUGCCUCUGUCCUUGAUCCCAACCCCCCUCACCUCCACUGAGCCUCUGCUGUCCGACUGGCCCCCUGCACUGGCAAUGCCCUGUCCAAGACGGGCCCCUCCCGUGGACCCAGAGAUUUUGCGCACAAUGAAGACUGUUGGGUUUAUCGGAUAUGCUGCCAAUCCUCGCACCCGUCCACGAAACCAGGUGCCGUACAAAAUCAAAGAUGUGGAGCAGGACUACGACAGUUAUAACCAGGUUCCUGAGUCUCCGAUCGGCCGCGACGAGGAGCCUCACCUGUACAUGGUCCCCAAAAAAUUCAGAAAGGUCACAAUCAAAUACUCCAAACUGGGACUGGAGGAUUUCGAUUUCAAACAUUACAAUAGAACGCUUUUUGCAGGUCUGGAGCCUCACAUCCCAAAUGCCUAUUGCAACUGCAUGAUACAGGUCUUGUAUUUCCUGGAGCCAAUCCGCUGUCUGGUGCAGAAUCACUUGUGUCAGAAAGAGUUCUGUUUGGCCUGUGAGCUGGGCUUUCUCUUCCACAUGUUGGACCUAUCGAGAGGAGAUCCCUGCCAGGCCAGCAACUUCCUGCGGGCAUUCCGUACAAUCCCGGAAGCGUCUGCUCUAGGCCUGAUCCUGGCCGACUCAGAUGAGCAGACGGGGAAGGCUCGUCUUGGGCGUCUCAUCCAGAGCUGGAAUCGCUUCAUUCUUACUCAACUGCACCAGGAGACACAGGAGCAGGAGGGACCACAGGCCUACAGGGGCUCCAGCAGUGCUCUGGGCUCGUCUGGGGAGUCAGUGAUUGGUAAACUGUUUGGUUGUGAAGUGGAGAACAGCAGUCUGUGUCGCUGUGGUAAAGAGACAGUGCGCUCCACUCUCACUCUGCUCUUCACCAUGCACUACCCCGAACACAACUCACAAGAUAAGAUAAAGGAAUAUGAUUUUGCUGAAAUUCUGAAGAAGAGCAUUUGUCUAGAACAGAGCACACAGGCGUGGUGUGAGAACUGUGAAAAAUACCAACCUACGGUUCAAACACGAAACAUCCGGUGCCUCCCCGACGUUCUGGUCAUAAACUGUGAAGUGAACAGUGCCAAAGAGGCCGAGUUUUGGAGAGUCCAGGCUGAGUAUGCAUUCAAUAAGGCCAUGCAGAAAGAGGCGAGUGAGCCACCUAAACCCAAAGAACCCCCGCCCCCCAUGCCAACAGAGUGGUGCCUCGAUGCAGAGGAGGUGUGUAGUCUGGAAGGCUUCAGCUUCGACACUCGGGCUGAGGACCUGAGACAUGUGUGGAUCCCUCUGACACUGAAAAUGUGCAUCAGUAAAACACAAGGCCUGGAGAUCAGCAGCUGGAAUGAAGCAGAGGAGCUGAGUGCAGAGGAGGAGGCGGAGGGGGCGUCUCUAUACGAUUUGGUGGUGACAGUGCCUCACAUUUUAGAUGCUCGGACCGGAGGAAACCUGGUGGCUCACAUUAAAGUGGGAGAGACCUACCAUCAGAGGAAAGAGGGCGUGACACAUCAGCAGUGGUACCUUUUCAAUGACUUCUUAAUAGAACCAAUUGAUAAGACUGAAGCUGUGCAGUUCGAUGUGAGCUGGAAGGUGCCUGGGAUCCUUUAUUAUGCCAAGAGGAACUACCAUACCAAAUAUGACCUCCGCAUAAAGAACCCCAUAGAUGCAAGUGUGCUACUCACAGAGGCAUCUUUGGCUCGUAAACAGAGGAAGACUCAUGCCACCUUCAUCCCUCUGAUGGUCAGUGAGAUGCCCCAGGCCGGAGACCUGGUCGGGCUGGACGCUGAGUUUGUCACACUCAACCAGGAGGAGGCGGAGCUACGCAGUGACGGCACCAAAUCGACCAUCAAACCCAGUCAGAUGUCUGUGGCCCGGAUUACCUGUGUCAGAGGCCAGGGUCCCAAUGAGGGCGUGCCUUUUAUUGAUGAUUAUAUCUCCACCCAGGAGCAGGUGGUUGACUAUCUGACGCAGUAUUCAGGUAUUAAACCUGGAGACCUCGAUGCAAAGAUCUCAUCCAAACACCUGACCACCCUGAAGUCCACAUAUCUGAAGCUACGGUUCCUCAUUGACACAGGGGUUCGGUUUGUCGGUCAUGGGCUGCAGAAGGACUUUAGAGUUAUCAACUUAUUUGUUUUGAAAGACCAGGUUAUAGACACUGUCCACUUGUUUCAUUUGCCCCGAAAGAGGAUGAUUUCUCUAAGGUUCCUUGCCUGGUACUUCCUAGACCUGAACAUCCAGGGGGAAACCCAUGACAGCAUUGAGGACGCACGCACUGCUCUACAGCUCUACAGAAAAUACCUGGAGCUGAGUCGAGGAGGAGGCUCAGAUGAAGUGAGGAAAGUCCUGAAAGGGCUGUACGAGAAGGGCCGCCAACUAGACUGGAAAGUCCCAGAGACUGAGAGCGGAGCAGAAAGCCAAGGUGCAGCUGUGUUCCCCUCUGUGAUGGGAUUGUAACUUGAGCUUGACAAGAAAAGACCUCAAGACUCUUUUUACUGGAAAUGUAGACAACCAGCUGAGUAUAACACAUUUCGUCCUGGUUUAACAUGCUUUUUCAGGUAAAAUGUAGGUAUGUGACUGUAAUUAAUCUUUAUCUUACAAUUAUUGUGAUCAUGAUGAUCAUGAUGUUUAUUCCAAUUAUUCCUGAGUAUUGACACCAUGACCAAACAACAGUGAAAUCUGUCAUUUUCUUUACCUGAUCACCCAGAACAACACGCUCUGAGGAAGCUUUACAAAGCUGAGUUGAUCUGGAGCCAAAAUAUUACUUAUCUCAAGAAGUGAUAUAUUUUGUUAUGUGAAUGUUAUGAGAAUUUUCAGGAGGAAAUGUCUUCUGCAUUUGAGAGACACUUGACACAAUUUAGUGGCUGUGGUUGGGUCGUCUCAAAUUUGGAUGGAGGUUUUUCAUGCUUUAUGGUCCCUUCUGGAUUCAAACAGAAUGUAGAAGGGACUGACUGGUCAAGCAGUAAUUUUCUUUCAUUCACAAUGUCCAUAGUCAAAUCACCAUUCCUCUAAUAUGUGACCACCUUUAUGAAAUCAAAUUUUCUGAAUGUGACAAACAGCCUUAUAAGUAAAGAUUAAAUUGAAAUUUGCUUCUGAAAUAGUCAUGAUAGUAUGUUUAAUUCUUACAAUUAUGUUGUGACCUGAAAAUAACCUUAUCAAUAACCAUAUCAAUUAAAGGUCCUUUAAGUGAGCCUUAAGCUUUGUUAAAAUGUUGUUACCUCCUCAAAAACAUACCUGGAGUUGUUUUGUUUCAUUCACACAUGUUUGAGUAACCCUUAAUUAGUCUGUCUACAUUGCAGUAGUUGCGGUAGCAACUUUUACUUUUUGUUCACUAGAGACUGACAAGGGCUUCCAGGGCUGAAAUUGUCCAAAUGAUUAUAGUGAAGGUGUAUAGAGUUUAAGAAACAGUGGAGCACUUCCUGUAUUAACACAUGACAUAACAAGGUGGAAUCAGUUUAAGAUAAGAACUCUGUUUUUUCAUUCACACAUAUUUAGUGAACUAUAUGGCGAGUUCUUGAAAACUACUGCUUCAUAACAUCACAAGGUGGAAGGAAGUAUUUGAGUUUUGAAGAUGUAGGCAGAAUAAUAAAUGGUUACUCCAACAUGUGUGAAUUAAACAAAACACAACUCCGGGUAUAUUUUUGAUAAGGAAACACCAUUAUAACUUUAGAAAAAUGUCUAAUGUGGGCCUUUUAACCAAAUCAUUUUCACAUUCCUGGUAUGUUAUUCCACAGAUUAUGGCUUCACUGUGAGGUAACUGACACAUCUGUCUGCUAUGUGUGUAUCACCAGUAUCUUGUAAUUUGAUGCUCAGUUAGAACCAAGUAAAAUGGGAUUAUUUCAUAUUUUCUAAUUAAGUGACAUUGUGUGUUUUACUCAGUGGGAAACUCUAUAUUUCCGCACAGUAUAGGAGGCAGACUUGUUUAGUUUUGAUCACAUGUACAGUUUAUACAAUUUUGUGUUCAUUUUUUAAUAUGAAUUGUAUUUUCUAUCAUGUUCUGUGGUUGUAAUAAAUAAUAAAAGACCUAAAAGUUUUAA